AGGUCAGAGAACAACUUUGCGGAAUCUAUUCUCUCCUUCUACCACUUGAGUCCCAGGGAUUGGACUCAGAUUGUUCAAUUGCUUGGUAGCAAAUACCUUUACUCAUUGGUUCUUUCUGUAGCCCAGGCUAGCCUAAAAUACAGUGUCAUCCAGGCAGGCCUCGAACCCUUGGUGAGCCUCCAACCUAAGCCCCACAAACACUGGGGUUGCAGGAAUGCGCCAUCAGGCCCUAGUUCCCAUCCAUCCUGCCCCUCAUCCGUCUCUGUCCUUCAGACUUGCCGGGGGCAGACCAUAGAGAGCCUUGUAGGACAUGGUUAAAAGAUGAAGCAGGACUAAACAGUCUUGGACUAGAAUAAAUAGUAUCUUGUUUUAAAUUUCGCUUGGAGGAAAGGGUUGUAACUUCUACACUGAUGUUAGGUUGUAGGACUUCAAAGCUGGAGCGAGGAGACACAUAGGCUAACCCUAAGGGCUUUCUAUGUGCCGAGCAUUCUUUUCCUUCUUUCUUCCUCCUCCUCAUUCCCCGCUGCCCUUUAGACAGGGUCUCAGGUAGCCCAGAGCUGACAAACUCCAUCUGCAGCCCAGGAGAACCUUAAACUCUUAUCUUCCUACCUCCACCACCUCAGGCCUGGGAUUGUCCGGGCUUUUUGUUUCUUUGUUUUGGUGUUUUUAAUCAGGAUAUUAUCAAAUAGUCCAGGUUGGCCUUGAACUCAAAGUAAUUUUCCUGCCUCAGCCUGUUGGAAUUACAGGCAGGAGCCACCGUGUUCAGCAUUUUUCUAAAACUUUCGUAUAGAUUAACUCAUCUAGACUUCACAACAGAUGCUGCGCUUUUUUUCCCCUGCCGUGCUGAAACUCGAAGCCAGGCGCUGUACCGCUCGGUACUGCUAACCAUGACAUUAGUUUUGUUUCCUGGUGAAGGCAACACAAGGAUAAAGGAGUGAGAUCAUAGAGGAAGAGGGAAGAAAUUCAAGUAGUUUUAAGGGUGAAUAGGCAGACCUUGGGGCCUGGACAUGCUAGAGGGAGGGGACGUCCGGUUUCCAGGCUGAUUGAUUCAAAGAGGGUGCAGUCUGGCUGAAGGAUAGUAGCCCAAUGGAUACAAACUUUGCUCCAAAGCGUCCCUUAGAGGACAAAUGCUGUUCAAGCUACCUGGACAAUGACCGCUACAACACAUGGAGGACAGGACCUUACAGCAGCUGCUGGAACAAGUACACCACCUGUCUUCCCCGACUGCCUAAGGAUGCCGGGAUGGAGACGGUAGUGCGAGGAAUGCCGUUGGAGUACCCUCCUAAACCGGAGCGCCUCAACGCCUACGAGCGCGAGGUAGUAGUGAACAUGCUGAACUCGCUGUCCCGGAACCGGACUCUGCCGCAAAUUGCGCCCCGCUGCGGGUGCGUGGACCCUCUGCCGGGCCGCCUGCCAUUCCAAGGAUACGAAAGUCCUUGCUCCGGCCGCCACUAUUGUCUGCGCGGGAUGGACUACUGUACCACCGGGGAGCCAAGCAGAGAACGCCGCCUGCGGCCUUUGUGUUCCGAGGAGCCGACUGUAAGGAGUGUCUCGCCCUACGUUCACCGGCCCGGAAUGCAAUGUGUUGUUACAACUCCCCCGCCAUCGUACUACCCAUUUCCCAACCUUAGAUGGGACACAAGUCACUUCAAGAAAACUGGUGGUCCCCAGAGAAACAACUAUGUUGUCCAUCCUGAGUUUGUGUCUGAGACCUAUCCUGUCUACCAUUCCUGGUAAAGCUUUGGCCAGGUCAAGGAAGAGGGUGGAGCAAUAAACUCUUCACCACAAAGAC